AUGGGAUGCAUGAGCAGCAAGCCGAAGAACUGUCCGCAGUCGCCUAAUACUGCGCGAUACAAUGAGCCCAACUACUCAGGCCUCACGCGCAAUAUGGACAGCGGUGGCUUCACAGGCCAGCAGUCGCGUCGGUCGUCUGCCCAGUCAUCGACUCGCAAUCCACGCACGAACGCAGGUGCCGCGACUACGAGUGGCAGCCGCGAGGUCACGGACAAAUGCUUUCCAGAGCUCGUCAAGUUCCGGCUGGAAGAGAGCGAGGUGCUGCUAACCCGCAAGGUCUCGAGUGGCGCUUUCGGAGUUGUGUGGCUGGGCCACUACCAUGGCCAUCCUGUGGCUGUGAAGCGGAUGAUUGACGGUGAAGAUGAGGCGAUUUCCUUUGCUCGUGAGAUUGAGACCAUGUCGAGACUGACGCACCCCAAGAUUGUCCGCUUCAUUGGCUGUACGUGGACCAACAAGAAGGAUCUGGGCGGCGUGUCUGAGUACAUGGACGGUGGUGACGUCCGUACGCUGCUAGAGGCUCGGAAGAUCGAGCUUAGCUGGGAGAGGGAAAAGAUUUCCAUUGCUAUAGACAUUGCCGAGGCGCUUGCGUACAUGCACUCGCGCUCGCCAAAGGUUAUUCACCGCGACCUCAAGUCCCGUAAUGUGCUGCUGAACUCGAACAUGGUGGCCAAGUUGAGCGAUUUUGGUCUCAGUCGGAACCGUACGUACGAGGAAACACUGACGGCUGGUGUGGGGACGGUACGCUGGACAGCACCCGAGGUGAUGCUCGGCGACAACUAUAGCGAGCAGGCUGAUGUGUACUCGUUUGGUGUGGUGCUCAGCGAGUUGGAUACCCGUGAGAUCCCGUUUGAGGAAAAGAGCAGCAGAACAGGUGCCAGUGGCGCGCCUGAUAUGGCCAUCGUGAUCAAGGUAGCCAAGGGUGAGCUCCGACCAAGCUUUGCACCGGAUUGUCCCGAUGUUAUUCUGCGUAUUGCUCGCGCGUGUCUACAGUUCGACCCGGCGCUUCGUCCAGACAGCGAAUCAGCUGUGCAGAUGCUUAAAGAUGCGCGCGCACAGCUUCAGUCUACGUCAUAA